CAGGCGCGCGAUCAGAGUGGCCGUGAUAAACGUGUGAUGAACUAGUGGAGAUAGGAGCCGAGUGUCUCAUUGGUCUUUUCACCCAGCAGCCCAAUGGACUCAGCUGUGUCCGUAUAUAGGGACUUUUUAUAUCGGGACUAUUAACCAAAAAGGGCUUGGUUUGCUUUCCUGCCGGUGUAUCCCGAGUGUAUUCCGCGCGCUGUGACUCUGGGAAGCGCCUUUGCUCACUUCACUUCGUGCUGAGGAGACGCUCCGCGCAUCUACUCAUGGACAGAACUGUCUCCAGUCUCAAGCAACCUCCCAGCACCACGUAGCAUUUCCUUAAGGAACCCGUCCCGUAUCGGCUCCCAACAAACAUGGACUGUUUCCCCAUGCUUUAUUUUCUGUCGAGACAACAUGAUUCCUGGUAAUCGAAUGCUGAUGGUCAUUUUAUUAUGCCAAGUUGUACUGGGAGAGAGCAGCCAUGCUAGUCUAAUACCCGAGGAAGGGAAGAAAAAGGCGUUGGGCAAUCACCCAGGUCAAAGUCAUGAACUGCUGCGCGACUUUGAGGCUACGCUGCUGCACAUGUUUGGGCUGCAGAGGCGGCCACGGCCCAGCCGGUCGGCAGUGGUCCCCCAGUACCUGCUCGACCUCUAUAGGCUCCAGUCAGGAGAAGUGGAAGAGGCUGAAGCUCAUGAUGUCAGCUUUGAAUACCCUGAGAAGUCCACUAGCCGAGCCAACACUGUAAGAGCAUUCCACCAUGAAGAGCACAUGGAGCAAGUGCCGUCAGACACACCGUACACCAUCGAGACUCCGCUGCGCUUCUUCUUUAAUCUCAGCAGCAUUCCUGAGGAAGAGAUGCUUUCCACAGCAGAACUGCGGCUGUACAGGCAGCAGAUUAAGGAGCCUGGUGUGGAGUCCCAGCAUGUGGGAAAUGAGGACCUCCAUAGGAUCAAUGUGUAUGAGGUGCUAAAACCACCACGGCCUGGGCAGCUGAUCACACGCCUCCUGGACACACGCCUUGUUAGUCAUAACACCACAAGCUGGGAAAGCUUUGACGUGAGCCCAGCUGUGUUGCGUUGGACUCAGGAGCGGCAGCCAAACUAUGGACUCGCUGUAGAGGUUCUGCAUCUGAACCGAACACCGCGCCACCAAGGCAAGCAUGUGCGCGUCAGCCGCUCACUGCACCAAACUUCAGAAGAAGACUGGGACCAGCUGCGUCCAUUGUUGGUCACUUUCGGUCAUGAUGGCAAAGGCCACCCACUGACACGCAGAACCAAACGCAGCCCCAAGCAGCGAGGCCGUAAGCGCAACCGCAAUUGUCGGCGACAUGCGCUUUAUGUGGACUUCAGUGACGUAGGCUGGAAUGACUGGAUAGUGGCACCACCGGGCUAUCAGGCCUACUAUUGUCAUGGGGAUUGCCCUUUCCCUCUAGCCGACCAUCUGAAUUCCACAAACCAUGCUAUUGUACAAACACUGGUCAACUCGUUGAACAGCAAUAUCCCCAAGGCCUGCUGUGUGCCCACCGAGCUGAGUGCCAUCUCAAUGCUCUACCUGGAUGAGACUGACAGGGUUGUCUUGAAAAACUAUCAGGAAAUGGUGGUGGAGGGCUGUGGCUGCCGCUAACUGGGUUUAGCAUUAAGAAAUGCUUUCACGAUGAAGGCAAGAUCUAAAGGCCCCAUUGUAUACAUUAAUCUGUUCACUUGGAUGCUUAUUUAUAACGUUUAUGUUGAGAUGUUUGAUUGUCUCCUUUUUUUUUUCUUGACCAUAUGAUCAUAUAUUUUGACAAAAUAUAUAUAUAUAUUUAUAUCUACAUAUUAAAAAUAAAAGUGAGACCUUAUUUUAAACUUUAAGAAGACGCUGUACAACUUUUCAUGGUGUAUAUUAGAGUGUAUAAGGUUUUAAAAUGGCUUAAAAAUCACCAAACAUAAAGUCUAAAAAAUAUAUAUAUAUGCUGAUAAUAUUUA